UGGAGCGCGGUGCGCGUGGCCGUGCUCGUGCUGGUCGUCGCGAGGCGACACCUGUAGGGGCGCGAGGCGGCGACCCAGCAUGCAACAGAUGCUGCCCGGAGGACCACGAGGAAUCACAUCUUGUGCACUAGAGGGAUGCAGGAGGACGCGUCCAUGAUGGAGGGUGUGCAGCGAGGAGGAAGAAGAGGAAGAGGAUUUUAAAUGAGCGUUUCAGGGUCAUAACUUUAAGUCUUGACUAAACUCUAUAUGUCACAAAGUCUUCCUCAGUACCGAUGAAGAUGCACUGAGCUUCAUAACAAGAUGACGACACUGCCUGCCCCCCCCCCCCCCCCUUGUGUUUCUCAUCAGUUACUAAACGAUGAUGUAAUCCUCCCCUGGUGGAGUGGAGGGAAAAAACUCACCAAUACGCCUCCUCUUAAUUUCCACCUCCCCUCCAUAUCAGUGUAUUCAUGGGGGGGGGGGGGGGUUGGACUGAUUUGACCUGUAAAUGAUGUACAGCUAUAGUUAGUCCUGCAGAGCAGAAGAUGAGUGAGAGACCAGAUGAGAGACCAGGAAGGGGACCAGGAAGGGGACCAGGUGAUGGACCAGGUGAGGGCCCAGGUGAAGGACCAGGUGAGGGCCCAGGUGAAGGACCAGGUGAGGGCCCAGGUGAAGGACCAGGUGAGGGCCCAGCUGAGGGACCAGGUGAGGGCCCAGGUGAAGGACCAGGUGAGGGCCCAGGUGAGGGACCAGGUGAAGGACCAGGUGAGGGCCCAGGUGAGGGCCCAGGUGAGGGCCCAGGUGAAGGACCAGGUGAGGGCCCAGCUGAGGGCCCAGGUGAAGGACCAGGUGAGGGCCCAGGUGAAGGACCAGGUGAGGGCCCAGGUGAGGGACCAGGUGAAGGACCAGGUGAGGGCCCAGGUGAAGGACCAGGUGAAGGACCAGGUGAGGGCCCAGGUGAAGGACCAGGUGAAGGACCAGGUGAAGGACCAGGUGACGGACCAGGUGAAGGACCAGGUGAGGGCCUAGGUGAAGGACCAGGUGAGGGACCAGGUGAGGGCCCAGGUGAAGAACCAGGUGCUGAGCUUCAUGAUGAACUCCUCUUAUCUUCACAUGAGCCGUCUGUGUUCGCGUGUGAAUACUGAGAGGACGAAUGACUUUGAUUUAUUCUGUUUACAGCUGUUUUCUAAGUGUUGAUGUUUACACAUUGUGCUUCAGCAUCACCUGUGGGGGGGGGGGGGGGGGGCAAUGUGAUCUCUGGACAUGUUUUCUCUGAUAUCAAGUGUCAUGUGAGCAGAUUUACUGAAAAUGUUUUUAAGUGUGUGCUAUUUAUACUUAUUUAAUAUUUCAUACAGGAUUUUUAGUAAAUGAAUAAAAAUCUUUCUGAAUUAAUUCUCUCCGGGUUUUUUUUCACAAUAGGAUCAAAGUGCUUUAAUUUAAACUGAAAGCUCCCAGGAAAGACUCUUCUAUACAGAGAUGAUCCACAACAACAA